CUCUGCGAGGGUCCCUGAAGUGGAUGAAAAAGUUGGUCAACAAGCCGCCAGUGUGUGAGCAGCUUUCAGCCUCCAGCGCGCGGACUUCUCCUCCACUUUGUACCGAGGAUUAUCCGUUCAUCGUUACACAACUCGUGUUGCCGGUGGGUGACGCGGAGCUACGAGAUGCCGCUUCUCCACAGGAGAGCCUUCAUCCGGGAGAGACCCCCGGCGGACCUGCGGCCGGAGGAAGAGGUCUUUCUCUGUAAAAUCACACACGAGAUCUUCCGGAGCUACGAUGACUUCUUCGAGCGGACCAUCCUGUGUAACAGCCUGGUGUGGAGCUGUGCUCUGACGGGCCGGGCCGGCCUCACCUACCUGGAGGCCGUGGAGAGCGAGCAGCGGGCCAAGCAGAGCCUGCGCAGCUUCUCUCCUUCGCUGCUGCUGCCGGUCCUCCACCUGGCGGCGCUCAGCCGCCACGCUCGCCUCACCGAGCUCUGCGAGGACGUCUACGCCUUCGUCAAAGACCGCUUCUUCCCCGGGGAGACGGUGGACGUCGCGGGACGCAACGGGGCCAGACAUGUGUGUGAGAUCCUGCAGGUUCACUCUCCUCACUCCAGUGCUAACGGAGCUCCAGCCGCUAACGGAGCUCCAGCUGCUAACGGCCACGCCAAACCAGCGGACGGCGACACCAUCGUCAUCAGCGACAGCGACGAGGAGAGCAAAGCCUUCCAGAGCCCCCCGGCUAAGAACAGGAAGAAGAAGCCUCUGACCCCAUCGGUGUUUAAAUACACCGUGAGGAUGAUGAAGGACGAACACAGCGAGCCGUUUACGGUGAAAGCCAAUCAGAUCAGCAGACGCUAGAGGAGUGAAUUUUUUUACAAAAAACUGAAGCUGCUGUUUAAACAACACUGUGAGCCUCACAACGGGACCAUCAGCCUCAAGGCCUCCACAGUGUCAAAGCACCGGCUGUCUGAACAGAGUUUCUCUCAGUUCUUCCCUGAUGACCCCCCCAUCUUCCCCUUCAGCCCCCUCUCUAAAGGUGGGGGGCGGGGCUCACCUGCACAGGUGAGAGUCACGAUGCAGCAUGAAGAGAGAAAGAUUGUUGAAGAAGAAGAAGAAGAGAGGCAGCUCGAGGAGGCCAAGAGGAGGGAGAGGGAGGAGAGAGAGAAGCUGAAGGAGGAACACAGGAAGAGGUUUGAAGAGGAGAAACAGAAGAGGAGGGAGGAGAAGGGGCUGGAGAAAAAAGACAAAGUACGUGAACGAGAGAAGCUGAAGGAGGAGAAGAAGAAAUACGCCGAGCGACUGAAGCUGUGGAGCAAACCCAGAGAAGACAUGGAGUGUGAAGACCUGAAGGACCUGCCCAGUCCGGUCCCAGUGCGGACUCGUCUCCCGGCCGAGCUGUUCGGUGAAGCUCUGAUGGUUCUGGAGUUCCUGAAGGCGUUCGGAGAAGUCUUCGACCUGAAGGACGAGUUCCCCGAUGGAGUCUCUCUGGCGGUUCUGGAGGAGGCUCUGGUGGGUUCUGACCCAGAGGGUCCGCUGUGUGAGCUGCUCUUCUUCUUCCUGUCGGCCAUCUUUCAGGGUCUGGACGAGGAGCAGGAGGAGGUCGCUAAAGACCAGGCCGAAGACCUGUCUGAGGCUCUGGAUGAUGACCCUGAUGUGACCCAGUCUGCCCUGGGUGUGGUAGCGGGCCUGGCAGCGGCCUGGUCCCCGCUGCACCAGGGCUGCAGCCUGAAGCAGCUGGACCUGGACAGCUGCACGCUGUCCGAGAUCCUGCGCCUGCACAUCCUGGCCUCUGGCGCCGACUGUAACCACGGCAACGCCAAGUUCCGCUACCAGAAGCAGGGCGGCUUCGCGCUGAUGGACGACCCGUGCGUGGAGCUGCGCGUGGCCGAGCCGGCGCUGCUGAAGAGACUGACGUGCACGGCCGUGUACGACCUGGCGCCAGGGGAGAAGCUGAGGAUCCUGCAGGCUCUGGUGGGGAAGCUGCUGACGUUGGCGUCCAGCAGAGAUGUGAUCGAGGACUGUGUGGAGGAGCAGAGAGCCGCCAGACAGGAACUGAGAGAGAUCAGAGCAGAGCAGCACCGGAGAGACAGAGAAGAGGCCGCACACAGGGUCCGUCUCCGCAAAGAGGAGAAGCUCAGGGAGCAGAAGGGAGGAGCACACACCAACAGUGAGACUCCUGCAGAACAACACACUGAAGAAGACGAGGAGCAAAACUCUUCAUCCAACAAAAAGACGAUGAAGGCUACAGACAGACAGCCGGCCUGGUCCUGCCCCCCAGCCCCCACCCCCCUGACUGCAGAGGAGCAGGAGAAGGAGCAGGAGAAGGUCACCGAGCUGCAGGAGAGGAUCCAGAAGGCGGCGGCGUGCACCUGCCUGCAGCCGCUGGGGCGAGACCGGCUGUACCGGCGGUACUGGCUGCUGCCCUCGGCCUCGGCGCUGCUGGUAGAGGACGACUGCUUCGGCCUGACGGAGGACAUGCUGCUGCCGCGCCCAAAACCUGCGCCAGACGGCAGCGCCAAGACGGAGGAGGAGGACGGCAAGGAGGAGCCGGCCGAGGGGAGUGCUGGCUCAAGCCCCGCCCCCCUGCACACCUGUGGGCCGCCAGUCAAACGUCCCAACCAAUGGUCUUUCUACGCCUCGGUGGAGGAGGUGGAUCAGCUGAUCGAGGCUCUGAACCCCCGAGGCCACCGAGAGAGCAGCCUGAAGGAGGCGCUGCUGCAGGAGAGAGAGAGGCUGACCCUGCUGCUGGAGAGAGGAGCAGGCAACAAGUACACACACACAGGUGUGUGUGUGUGUGUGUGUGUGUGUGUGUGUGUGUGUGUGUGUGUGUGUGUGUGUGUGUGUAGUUACACAGAGAUGGAUCCGGUGGUGAUCGCUGCAGAGGGAGUGGAGAAGUUCAAAGGGGAGAACUUUGAGAUCAUCAUCGUGGACACGAGCGGACGACACAAACAGGAAGACUCGCUGUUCGAGGAGAUGCUGCAAGUCUCCAACGCUGUGCAACCUGACAACAUUGUGUACGUGAUGGACGCGUCCAUCGGCCAGGCCUGUGAGUCUCAGGCGAAGGCCUUCAAAGACAAAGUGGACGUGGCGUCGGUGAUCGUCACCAAGCUGGACGGCCACGCCAAAGGAGGCGGAGCUCUGAGCGGUGUGGCGGCCACCAGGAGUCCAAUCAUCUUCAUCGGAACCGGAGAACACAUCGACGACUUUGAGCCGUUUAAGACUCAGCCGUUCAUCAGCAAACUGCUCGGUGUGAUUUGUGUGUGUGGUGGUGUAGUUCUCGUCUUCCCCACGACGUUUGUUACGUUUCAUGGAAACUCAAUAACCCUCCCUUCCUCAAGGAGCAUCGAGGGUUUGAGACCGAUAAGGAAAGAUAACGAGGGGCAGCCCCUCAAGACAGUAAUGAAAGCAGUUCCAGAACAUCAUGAAGAUGGGGCCCUUCGGACAGAUCAUGAGCUGGACAGUGAUUGGGGGUCUGUCUCUGUGUCUCCAGAGCUGGACAGUGAUUGGGGGUCUGUCUUUGUGUCUCCAGAGCUGGACAGUGAUUGGGGGUCUGUCUCUGUGUCUCCAGAGCUGGACAGUAAGGACGGGGCCAAGCUCUUCAGUAAGAUGCCCAACAGGAUCCAGAGGGUGGCUCGGGGGUCGGGGGUCGCCACCAGAGACGUCCAGGAGCUGCUCACCCAGUACACCAAGUUCGCCCAGAUGGUGAAGAAGAUGGGGGGCAUCAAGGGACUCUUCAAAGGAGGAGACAUGUCCAAGAACGUGAACCCGUCUCAGAUGGCCAAACUGAACCAGCAGAUGGCGAAGAUGAUGGACCCCGAGUCCUGCACCACAUGGGGAUUCAAAUUAACUUUAUUGAUCAGCAGUCACACGGCUAGUAACCAGCCAAUCAGAUCGUCCACCAGCCACACGGCUAGUAACCAGCCAAUCAGAUCGUCCACCAGCCACACGGCUAGUAACCAGCCAAUCAGAUUCUCCACCAGCCAAAUCUGA